AUGGAUCCCGAAGAACAACUGGAAUCUACUGAAGGAGUGCCAGCAAAGUCACUGAGCUUGAUUAAGCAUAUUCUGUUGGUUCUAUCUGGUAAGGGAGGUGUUGGAAAGAGUUCAGUUACUACACAAACUGCAUUGACAUUAUGUGGUAUGGGUUACAAUGUUGGUGUUCUGGAUAUUGAUUUGACUGGACCUUCAUUACCUAGAAUGUUUGGUAUUGAAGACAGUAGUAUAUAUCAAUCAGCUGACGGUUGGAUGCCUAUUCCUGUUGAAACCAACGGUAAGGGUAAACUUUGCGUAGUCUCGCUAGGUUUUUUAUUAGGUUCUAGGGGUACAAGUGUAGUAUGGAGAGGUCCUAAAAAGACUUCUAUGAUUAGACAAUUUAUCAAGGAUGUCACAUGGGGGGAACUGGAUUACUUGUUAAUAGAUACUCCACCAGGAACUUCAGAUGAACAUAUUUCUAUAGCUGAAGAACUUCGAUUCACCAAUCCAGAUGGUGCCAUUGUCGUAACCACUCCACAGGGCGUUGCCACCGCUGAUGUCAAAAAAGAGAUUAACUUCUGCAGGAAAGUAAACUUAAGAAUUCUGGGUGUAAUAGAAAAUAUGUCAGGUUUCGUCUGUCCAUAUUGUACAGAAUGCACAAACAUAUUCUCAAAAGGUGGUGGUGAAAGUUUGGCGAAACAGUUUGAUGUACCUUACCUUGGAAAUAUACCGAUUGAUCCAAAGUUCGUUGAUCUCAUUGAGAAUCAAAAGAAGAUGGAGGGUACUCUAGUAGAAUUAUAUGAGAAGUCGUCUUUAUAUCCGAUAUACUUAGAAAUAAUGAAGAAAGUUCAAGAAGAAAGCUCAAAGCCACAAGAAUAA